UCAAAAUUCUUUCCCUUCCAAGUUCCAAUUUAAGCUCUGAAGUAAAACCUUCUCUCCACCUCCUUAUUCGGCUAUUCUCAUCGCAACAACUGAACAAAGGAGAAUAUUCAAUUUGAUCCUUUACCUGAAAGAAUAACAAAUGAGUUCGUCAUCUGCCAGAUUUAUCAAGUAUUUAAGAGUCAGAGCUCCGUCAAGAACCUUCUGUGCGCCUGGCGUGCAAAUAAGUUCGAAAAUGUGGUACUCAACUACGUCGUUCAAUAAAGGUGGCCACGUUGCUGAUGUUGAUGAUAAUGGUGGUACUGGAGUUAACAAUGCAUACCCGGAGGACGAUGUCUUUAUUCCUUACAAACAAGACAUAGAACCACAAGGUGUGGAUCCUAAGAGAGGUUGGGGUUUCAGAGGGGUUCACAAGGCGAUCAUUUGUGGAAAAAUCGGACAAGCUCCUGUGCAGAAGAUCUUGAGGAAUGGAAAGACUGUCACCAUCUUUACAGUAGGAACUGGGGGCAUGUAUGACCAGAGAAUAGUAAAAGCAGAUCACUUACCAAAACCGGCUCAGUGGCAUCGAAUUGCUGUGCAUAAUGAACAACUUGGGGCCUAUGCUGUCCAACAAUUAGUCAAGAAUUCUCCAGUUUAUGUUGAAGGCGAUAUUGAAACUAGGGUCUACAACGACAGCAUCAGUGGUGAAGUUAAAAAUAUUCCUGAGAUAUGUGUGCGUCGUGAUGGUAAAGUACGUCUAAUAAAAACAGGAGAAAAUGUUAGCAAUAUCUCCUUAGAUGAUCUAAGGGGUGAAUUAUUCUAGCCCAGGGAUCAGAUUAGCACACCGUGAAGAGCUUAGAAGGGCUAUUACCUAUCAUAAUCCUGUUUAUCCAGGUCUUCGGACUUUGGCAGGGUAUGUGCCUAGCCUUUUGUCCAUGAUGAGACUGCGGAGAGCUUAGUCAUUUGAUGAAAUUAAGGUCUUAAAUUGGUUUUGGUUCUGUAUAUUAGUUCUUCAACCAUGUCAUGCUACUGUAAGUGGUUUCUUCAAGAGGUCUUAAAAGAACAAUUUGAAGUCUGAAAAAAAAAAAGUUUCCUUUCCAGACAUUAUACAUGCAAAACAGACCAAGAGAGCAAGACCAGCCAGUCUGUUUUCCGAGAAAAAA